GCGCGGCUGCGAGCCUGCGGGACAUGCCCCCCGCGCCGGCUCCUUGCUGGCGGCCAUGAAGAGGCAGAACGUGCGGACUCUGUCCCUCAUCGUCUGCACCUUCACCUACCUGCUGGUGGGCGCCGCCGUCUUCGACGCCCUCGAGUCGGACCACGAGAUGCGCGAGGAGGAGAAACUCAAGGCGGAGGAGAUCCGGAUCAAGGGGAAGUACAACAUCAGCAGCGAGGACUACCGGCAGCUGGAGCUGGUGAUCCUGCAGGCGGAGCCGCACCGCGCCGGCGUCCAGUGGCGCUUCGCCGGCUCCUUCUACUUUGCCAUCACGGUCAUCACCACCAUAGGUUACGGGCACGCCGCCCCCGGCACCGACGCGGGCAAGGCCUUCUGCAUGUUCUACGCGGUGCUGGGCAUCCCGCUGACGCUGGUCAUGUUCCAGAGCCUGGGCGAGCGCAUGAAUACCUUCGUGCGCUACCUGCUGAAGCGCAUCAAGAAGUGCUGCGGCCUGCGCAACACCGAGGUGUCCAUGGAGAACAUGGUGACCGUGGGCUUCUUCUCAUGCAUGGGGACGCUGUGCAUCGGGGCGGCCGCCUUCUCCCAGUGCGAGGAGUGGAGCUUCUUCCACGCCUACUACUACUGCUUCAUCACGUUGACUACCAUCGGGUUCGGGGACUACGUGGCCCUGCAGACCAAGGGCGCCCUGCAGAAGAAGCCGCUCUACGUGGCCUUUAGCUUUAUGUACAUCCUGGUGGGGCUCACGGUCAUCGGGGCCUUCCUCAACCUGGUGGUCCUGAGGUUCUUGACCAUGAACAGCGAGGACGAGCGGCGGGACGCCGAGGAGAGGGCGUCGCUGGCGGGGAACCGCAACAGCAUGGUCAUCCACAUGGCCGAGGAGGCGCGGCGGGGCCGGCCGCGGCCCAAGGCGGACGCGGCCGACCUGCAGUCCGUGUGCUCCUGCACCUGCUACCGGCCGCAGGACCUCGGCGGCCGGCCCGCGGCGCACCAGAACGCCUUCGGCGCCAAGCUCGCCCCCCAGUACUUCCGCUCCAUCUCCUACAAGAUCGAGGAGAUCUCACCAAGCACAUUAAAAAACAGCCUCUUCCCCUCCCCCAUCAGCUCCAUUUCUCCCGGGUUACACAGCUUUACCGACCACCACAGGCUGAUGCGACGUCGGAAGUCCAUUUAGGGCGCGGGGGAGGGCAAUGUGGACCGACGAGUCGUCUGUUGUGUUAAGUUCCAGUGGCCCGAGGCGUCUUUUCUUCCUUAUUUAUUUAUUAUCCUCCUUUACCGUUGUUAUUGUUAUUGUGAUUGUCACCGUCAUUACUUUCUCUCCUUCCGUGGUUUCGUUUCUUCCCUGCCUGGCCAGCGAGACAGAGCAGGCCAAAGGGGAAAGAAAGGCCCGUGCUCCUCUGAAACUCGCAUCUGAGCAUGAAGCAUGGAUUUCUUCCU